AGGGGCGGAGCUGUUAGUGGAGGAACCCGAGGAAGUGCGGGGCGCUGCCGUAGCUAGUAGUGGGGCUGAACGUCGGGGUGACAUCUUCUUGUCCCGUCCAAGCCAUGCCCAUAGGCUCCACUCUCGCACGGGUGCACGUCCUCUUCCGCCAACACCUUUUGACGGUACUGGACCAGCCGGGUCGCGCCAUCCAUGCCUCCUGUGCUGCGUUCGCCGGGCACAACAAGUGGUCCAAGGUCAAAAAUGUGAAGGGUCCGAAAGACCACGCUCGCUCUGUUCUCUUCAAAAAGCUUGGCAUGAUGAUCCGGUUGGCUGUGAGAGAAGGAGGCCCAAACCCUGAGCUGAACACUAAUUUAGCCAAUGUUGUUGAGCAAUGUCGGAGCAAGAGCAUGCCCAAAGCCUCCAUUGAAGCAGCUAUCACUGGCGGGGACAAAACCAAAUCCUCCUACCUGCUCUGUGAAGCACGCGGUCCUGGUGGAUCCUCCCUACUUAUUGAAAUAUUGACGGACAAUGCAAAGAGGUCCCUCUCUGAAAUCCGUCGUCUUCUGAACAAACACGGAGGACUCCUUGCUGCUGGGGCUCGGCAUAGUUUUGAAAAGAAGGGGAUCGUUGUGGUGAGCAGGGAGGACCGGACAGGCAGUCCUAUCAGCUUGGACCAAGCCCUCGAGUUUGCUAUUGAAGCUGGAGCAGAAGAUGUCCAAGAAGAAGAAGAUGAGGAUGAGAAGACGAUGCUGAAGUUUAUCUGUGCGGUACCCACUUUACGUCAGGUCCGGGAGAAGCUGGAAUCCCUGGGCCUUUGUUCCCUCUCUGCCGGUCUCGAGUUCAUCCCAACGGUCAGUGCCCAGCUGUCCGAUGAGGAGAUGGAGCGAGCGGCCCAGCUGCUGGACUCACUCCGCGAAUAUCUGGAUGUCGUCCGGGUGUAUGACAACAUCGCCUAGACUUACAGGCCUACCUCUGAGGGACGUCGCGUCCUCUGAAUGGGCGCUGCCAAAGACUUAUCAGCUGAGUCCUGACGUGGUUUUUGUUUGACCUCGCAAUGAGGCUAAAGCUGGAAUGCCUUUUCGAACUGUUAAAAUUGGCAGCCAUGGAUGAAAGUUCCUGUUUUAAAAAAGUUUUCCCCUUGUCCCUAUUCAGCUCCUCUCUGUCACAAUUCCUUAUCCAAAGGCAGGCCCACCCUGUGUACAAAGGGCAAUGGGUUAAGCAGAUGCGGAUGCUAGGAGAAUGUUCCAGCAAGAGCUUGGAGUUCAGCCCUGUUUUGUACACGGCUUCUGCUGGAAAGGUCAGGGGGCAUUUGCUCUAGAGGCCUAAAACCUAUCCUUUGUUGCAGUGCUCCCUCAUGGACUAUGAGCACUGUGGCGACAAUGCCUGUGGCUUUAUGAUCUUUUAUCAAUGACCCAGUGUCAUCCCAAAAAUAGCACGUUAAUUGAGAAUAUUCCUGAGCCAAUGGUGAUAACUGUUCCCAAACCAUCCCAUAUAUUUGACUCGAUACUGAAACUGGCAAGUGGGGGUAUUGACUUGUUAUGCUUUCAGGAAAAGUGCGACUCCAUUAAACAUUUCUUCCUCCCGCAAGGAACUGUAAUUCUCCACAGAACCCAUAUAA